AUGUUCAAGAUUGACGAAAUCUUCAGCGUAGCAGGCAAGGUGGUCGUCGUUACUGGCGGAGGGACUGGUCUCGGCAAGGCCAUUGCCGCUGGGUACUAUGAGAACGGCGCCAAGGUAUACAUCACCGGCCGGCGGAAGGAGGUGCUGGACGCUACAGCGGAGGAGCUCAAGAAGCUCGGCGGGUCGGGCAGCAUCGUCACGCUUCAAGGAGACGUGGCGACCAAGGAAGGCUGCACCAAGAUUGCCGACGCGAUCAAGGAGAAGGAAAGCAAAUUGGACGUGCUUGUCAACUGUGCGGGAGUUGGGAAUGCCUACAAGAAGCCGGCUCAUCCGGAUGACCAGGAUGCCCUUCAGGAGCAGCUCCAGGCAGUGGACGAUGUCGACUUCAACCAGCUCAACUCGAUCAAUGUCAACGGCGUCUUCUUCCUCACCGCCGCCCUUGUGCCUCUUCUACGCAAGUCAGAGAACCCUAGCGUGAUCAUCAUCGCGUCCAUCGCGGGACUGGCGAAUCAGCGAGCCACCGGAUCGAUCAUGUAUGGUACGACCAAGGCUGCAGCCAUCCACCUAGGCACACUCCUGGCGGGGCGUCUAUCCCCAUUCAAGAUCCGCGUGAACACUAUCUGCCCAGGUAUCUUCCCUACCGAGAUGACCGGUGAUGUCGGCGGGAGCGGUAUGAACGACAUGUCGACUCGAGCGUCCCUACGAGCUCCGUUGAAACGUGGCGGAGAGCCGCAGGAGAUCGUCGGCCCCAUCCUUCUGCUCAGCAGCAAAGCUGGCGGAUACAUGCACGGCACGCACUUUACGGUCGAUGGUGGACGUCUGAUGGCGGCCGGUAUCAACGACGGUAUUGCCCAGCCGGCCGAGACGAACACGUAUGACCAGUUCUAG